AUGCCUAUUGAAGAUUCAGACGACAGAGGACUUUUUGCACGACGACCAGAUGACACCGAAACCAUCGUAACCGUAGUUUAUGUCACCGCAUCCAAAACAUUUGAUGGCCCAAUUGGAGGGUACUCGACUUUGGCCCCUUUGACUGCUACGGAUGCAAAACAGCAGGCUGCGCCUACGGGAUCAGGCUCAGCAGUUGGUCGCGGCUCUGCUGCUUCAUCACAGGGCAACAUGAAUGUUCAAGCUCCCAGUGUCGGAUCAAGCAGCAAUUUACGUGCAGCAUCUGCAGCUUUGACUGCUUCCUCGAGCUCGACGGCUGUUGUCGAAACUACAACUGCAAAACCGGAACCUUCUUCAAACUCGACCAGUAUGGGCAGUGGGGCCAAAGCAGGCCUUGCCCUUGGUGUUUUGGCCGGGCUGGGCUUGGGUCUGGCUUUGGUACUUUUCCUGAUUCGCCGAAAAAAGCAGCAGCAGCGAUCAACAUACGGCAAAGCAAAUGAUGAGAAAACCAAAUCUCGCGGCGUUUCUGCCAGUUCCACAAAUCCUGGCUCGUCAACCUCAAGUCUUGUGAUGACGACUGCGGCCGCUCCGAGGUUAAGCCUGAAACCUGUCGCUGCGCUUCUGCCAAUGCUUGGCCGCCACAGAAACUCAACUCUCGCCUCGCCCAAUGCUCCCUCACCAGACGGCGUGGCUCCUACCAAAGCCAAGCAAAUCUCGUCGGUACUGCCAUCACAGCUGGGAGAAGGGCAGAAACAGGAAUUCGGCGAAGCUAACCAAUUCAACAAUCCCCGAAACCCAUUUGGUAAUCAUGCAGAGAGAUCAUAUCAUGGGGAAUAUAACGAUGCGCAAGCAAUGGCACAGCCCCAGACACAGACAGACGGAGUACGCGGCCAAGAAACGGCUUCACAGUCCUCGGAGAGUCAGAACGUUGGUGUUGCAUCUGCUGUUCCUAGGCCAGAUCCAGAGGCAACAGUAACUACAGCAUCUCAUUACGAAAGUGUCACCGAGCUGAACCCCGCGCAAACUUCUGCAACGACAGUAGAUGCCAAAAAUUCGGGCUGCAUCAUGCCUUCCCAGCCGAAGGGUAAUGCACCUUUUCAAGGUCCAAUUAUGUUGAACGUGCAUCGGGUUCAGAUGGAUUUUAAGCCUUCUAUGGACGACGAACUAGAAUUGCAUGCUGGCCAGCUGGUGCGGCUCUUACAUGAAUAUGAUGAUGGUUGGGCUUUGUGUAUCCGCUUAGAUCGGUCUCAGCAAGGAGUUGUUCCACGCACUUGCUUAUCAGCCAAUCCUUUGAAACCACGCAUUGGAGAUCAUAAGCCGUCUCGCAUCCUUGACCCUGCACCGUCCGAGGCAAUUUUUCAAAAGCUGGAUGAAGCGUCAAGCUCUCCAACAGAUUCUUCCUCCCCAGUGUCAAGCUCCCUCGGAGAGCCAAACGAGGAACGGCACACGCCGCAAACCGCGUGUGGGAGUCCCUCAACCUCUCUUUCAGAUAGUGACGGGCAGGUCAAAAGCACCUUGCCCGAUCCUGAUACCCGAAACGAACAUUCAAUGACGAUGAACACUCGGCCGAGGUGCAACUCUGAAAGUCAAGCCUUGGUCUCAAUUACGUCUUCUUUAGAGCGGGCAGCUCCUAUCCAUCAUGAAGCUACCCAUCGAAUGAGUCUUGGUAACCAACCACACAUCCAAGCAAGGCCAGCAUUGAAUCGGAAACCGGUGCCCGGCCAGGCUCUCUAG